AUGGCUGGUUUACCUCCGGGGGAUCCCCAGCUGGUCUCGAUGAUCGUCAAUCAUUUGAAAACUCAGGGGCUCUUUGACCAGUUCAGGAGGGACUGUCUGGCAGACGUGGACACAAAGGUAAAAAAAUGACUAUAACGAGAAAUUUUAGUGUGUUUUCAGCAAACAUCACGAUGAUGUAGGACUAUAACAUGUAAGGGUAAGUUUAUAGUAGGUAAAAUUGUAAGCAGGUGUCUGCACUGAGUCACUAAUCUGCCUAUGAUGACUGUGUAAACAUUCAAUGGACUGAAUAUAAGUUCAGGUAUUCAUGGAACAGUAUCAGCUGUCUUUUAUUCACGAGGAAAUGUUCAAUAAUUCAGCAAGGGCUUUUUUAUCCACCCCUGAGAAAGCCAUCAUUUUAUACCUAAUUUAGUUACAAAAUUUAGCGACUCAAUUGAAAUGUUAUGAAUAAAAGGAUGGAGAGAUAGAGAUGUCGGAUGUAUCUCUGAAUUUUUCUUUUCUCUUGCAGCCGGCUUACUUGAACCUCAAACAAAGAGUGGACAAUUUUGUCUCCAAUCACCUCUCCAACCACACAUGGAGCCCUCAUUUAAACAAGAACCAACUCAGAAACAACAUCAGACAGCUGGUGUUACAGUAAGUGGAAAGAGACUAGGGGAGAGUGGGGAAAGUUGAGCCACCCCCUAGAGAAAAGAAAUUGAUCAUGUGACCAAAUAUUGAGGAGAUGGGCAUCAAUUCAUGGAGUCUGUGAAGGUUGGAAGCACUUGAGUGAAAGGGUUAGAUAUUUAUUAAAAAUAUAUUUAUAUUUUUCACUCUUGAAAGUUAAUUUAGUCUGUCAUAAGUUUUAUUAGAAUUGUGUUCAGACCAAAAAAGAUCAUUUUAAAUUUGUUUUAUUAUCAAUUGUGGUAUCUAUGAGCUACAAAAUGAGGUCAAAAACCUAGCAUAAAAGUCCACCAUUUUAGCUUAGAGGACUAAUAAAGUCAUAAUAGUAGUUCUGGGGUAAGUUGAGCCAGUGGUCCACCUGAGAAAGUAAAGGAGUCUGAUGAGAGGAUCAGAGUUUCAGUUCAGAUUGUUGAAAUGUUUUACUUUUUCUUUUCAAAAAUACAGCUGUGAAUGUUCUGAAUCACUUAAAGACAUUCUCAUGUUAAAAUGGAUUUUUACAAAACAGCUGUUUAGCAGUUAUUUGCAAUAAUAAUAAAAAAAAGAAUUAUUGUACCAGUUGAAUAGUGUAUAAUAGAUAAAAAUACACAUGAAUGUGAAGAAGUGACUGUUAUUUAGGGAGAGAGAAGGUGAGUUUAAAUUACAGUGCUCCUUUGGUCAACUUACCUCAUACAUGGGGUAAGUUGACCAUAUGAGCUACAACAUUUUUUUGGCAUGCUAUAUUAUCAAGACAGUUAUGUUUACACUCAUUCUGUUGGAUGUACAACAUCUGGAAUUAUAUGCAGAUACACUAGUUAGAGACAAAACUAUGAUUGACUUGAUGUAAUGAUCCAAAAUAUGAAAAAAUGGCUCAUCUUACCCAACUCUCCCCUAUCUUGUGUUUUUUUUUAUUAUCUGCUCAAUUCUUUUAAGAUUUAAAUAAACCAUCUUCUGUUCAGUAGCAGGAUGUAUACUCUAUAUUUCUCAAACCAGAACAAAGAGGCUUUCUUUCGAAUUCUAUCCACCCUUUUUCUCUUAGAUCUGGGAUGCUGGAGCAGGGAGUGGACAGGAUCGUGGCCCAGGUGGUGGAUCCCAAAGUCAACCACAUCUUUAGGCCACAGGUGGAGAGGGUGGUCCGUGAGUUUUUGUCACCUGGCAGCUGCUCUGAGGAGCCGCUACCUCCACUGCCUUUACCAGAGACCAAACCAGACAGCAGUGUUCCCGAGCAAGGUGCGUGGAUACUUGAUCUGUUAAUGUUUUUUUUUCAUUUAGGAUGGUUAUAAUCAAUGUUUGUGGCCAUGGAAUGAUGUAAUUAUAUUUCCUCUGUGGUCAGCUCACAGUCAGGUCAGCUUACAGAUGACUGCUGGGUAUCAACUAAACUGCAAUCCACUUGUUUGGAUGCCUCUGAUUAUUGAUAAACCAGUGGAAGAAGAAAUCUUCCCAUAUUUUCUCAGAAUUGACCCUCAGAAAUGAAAUAAUUAAGUCAUUUUGAAACUUGGUUAUCAAGUUUCUCUUCAGUAAACAUUUUAGAUAGAAUCUAUAAUUCCAUAUGAUAAACAAAGACUUCUUAAACACACAAAAACAACAAAUAAUAAAAUCAAUAAGGGACAAAACAUAAUAAUCUGAAUAAUCCCCAGAAAGCUAAUACAAGUGUCUGGCUUGUAAUAUUUUUUACAGCCUUAUCAUCUGCACCAGCCUCCAGCGAUGCCAUGUCCAUCCUAGACACCAUAACCUCCCUCAACCAGGAGGCCAGCGUCAGAGCGUCGAGCACAGACAGAGGACGUAAACACCCUGAUGAGUCCAUGCAGUUUGGAGAAGAGGGUGAGCAGGACAUGAGUGCUGUGGAUGAAGCAGACAGCAACCAAGACAGAAAGAUGUUGGAGGAUGGCGAGGAGUUGGCAUCUGAAGACCAGGCAUGGGAGGUGAAGACAGAAGACACGCAGGAACAGAUGGAUCUGGGGAAAGAUGGGCUGAUAGAGGAGGUGAAGAUGGAAGAGGAGGAGUCAGGAACUCAGGAGCAGACAGAGGAAGAGAAAGAUAAGACACCAAGCAAAACAAGCGGGAAGCCAACAGAGGAGAAGCAGGAUGAAGAUCUGAUUAAAUCUACAAGUCAGGCCAAGCAGAAAGCCAGAGAGAGGAUAAAGGAAGGUGAGCUGAAACUCUCUGUGUAUGAUCAAGAUCAUGAACUAAAUAAUCUCCAUGUGCUUAAUGGUAAAUAUUCUCUGCACCGUAUGUUAACAGUAGUUUUAAGUUGUGUAAAAGUACUAAACUGACACGUCUUUGUUCUGCAGAGUACUUUUUGGAGGACUCUGACCUGGAGGGCCUGAGUGACAUCACAGUGAGUUCAGUCCACACCAGCGACCUGUCAUCAUUUGAGGGGAGAGCUUACCCGCUGGUUGGAUGUGUGUGUGAUUUCUCUCAACAGAUCAAGGUGAAGGAGCAGAGAAGAAACAAGGAGAUGCAGGAGAAGAUCGACCUUUCAACAGUUUUUAAGCACCUGACUUCAUCCUAAAGUGUGAAACAUGUUCUUACCCGCUGGUUGGAUGUGUGUGUGAUUUCUCUUAACAGAUCAAGGUGAAGGAGCAGAGAAGAAACAAGGAGAUGCAGGAGAAGAUCGAAAACCUCGUCGUAAGGCAUAUGUCCACAAGCCCUUCCUGUACUCCCGUUACUAUAGCGACUCAGAUGAUGAAAUCACGGUGGAGGAGCGUAGGAGAUCUGCAGUGAGUUCUGUCUUGUUUUCUUUUAGUUCAAAAGUUUGGUUAGUUACACUUUACUUCAGACGACCUUGAGCCACACAGAACUUCCAGUUCUUGAUUUUGACGAUGCUUUGGAUCCCUGCUGUCUCUCUUAAUGUCCACUGCUGUGUCCUCACAGGCAAAGGAGAAAGAGGAACGUUUACUGAAGAGACAACAGAACCGAGAGCGAAUGGAGGACAAGAGGAAACAGAAAGCUCUGCAGGCUGAGGAACAAGGUGCUUGUCAUUCCUUUGCUCAUUUAUGGGCUCAAAUUUGGUUUCUUAAUGAACACAUAUUUGAUUUUACUUCCUUCAUCUCUGCAAGAUGCGCUAAGUGUUAGAUGACAUGAAAAAGUAUGAAGGCUAGCACUCUCUGAGACUUUUAUUUGUCCAUCUCUAUUCCAGAUGUUUUUGAUUAAAGUGAAAGAGCAUUCUGGGUCGCGUAUUCGAAGAGUCAAAGCUUUUUUGUUCAUACUACUUUUUUAUGUUAUGUGAUGUUUGUCAAGCAAGUUAUCAAGUAUUCUUCUUUUGAAUCCUUUGAGAAAAUCAAUCACCGCCUUAAUUUCCUGCGCAGAACACAAAAAACAAAAGGGUGCAGACUCUGCUGGACUGGACGGCCCCAGAGCCAAAGAGGCUCGCAAAGAAAGGAAGGUUCUGGAGAAGAAAAUGGCUCUCAGCAGAAAGAGGAAGCUCGACUCAAGGUGGGACUUCUGAAACUCUCGAAUCGACUCUUUCAGCUGCUGGAAAAUAAAAUAUUGAGAUAUGCAGACACAAAAUCAAACACUUAUUUCAUUUUUCAGGAAGGAGACUGAAGUUUCCACCAAAAAGAAAGGAGAUGCAGAAGGACCCAAGAAAGUGGUAUGUAUAUGUGUUCAUGAAUAAUCCAGAUUUCUUCAUGAGUGUCAUCAAACUAUUGAAUUGACACUUAUUGUGUGUUUUUUAUGAAACAAGGAGGUGAAAUCCACGACGGCAAAGACGCCGCAACCGAAAUUGAUAAGAAAUCUGUCAGAGUCUGCAUCAUCUGACGAGAGGCACAGAAGGACGAGCGGCAGCAUCUCGGAAGACUCCAGCGAGGCGAAAAAGCUGCCGGACAAAAGUCGGACACACUCGUUCAUCCUGGAGCUGGAGCAAGGUUCCCAAGAGGCCCUCAGACAACGCUCUGUGGGGAAAUUUGAUCGGUUCUCCCGCAAAGAACUUCUAUCCAAGGAACGCAGAGAGAAAGAACGCAGUUUGUCUGACGAACGUGCCAAACUGAAACAAAAACAGGAGAAAAAAUCAGAGCAUCAGGCGGAUGAGCCUCAGCAGAAGGAAGGUGCUAAAGGGUCCUCUGAAGAGAAAGGAGAGAAGAAGCCCAAGAUUAAAAGUGAGAAGAAGAUGGGCUCAACUUCAAAAGAAGGACAGGCAGAAGAGAGUCCGAAGGAUCCCUCCCUGAAGAAGGUGAAAGCUUCAUCUACGGAUGCUGUGAAAGCAGAAAAGGACAAAGACAAAAUCAGAGAAAAGGACAAAGACAAGAGCAAAGAAAAGGAGAAGACCAAAGGAGAGAAGAGUUCAGCUAAAAGUGAUUUCAAGCUGCUUCUUCGCCCCGAUUCUACCGGCUCUUCUGAGGAUCGCUCUGACAUGGAGCCGGCAGGAUCUGACAGCAGCAAAAAGAAGGAGAAACACUCCAAGGAAGUGCUGAAGAGGUCAAAGAGCCACACCGAGGACAGGCCGGGAGACAAACCCAAAACUAAAGACAACGAGAGGGAGAAGACGAAAGCAGAUCCAGACAGCCAGAAGUCGAACAAAUCCAGCUCUGAAGGUGAAAAAGAUCCAAAAAGGAUCAAACCAACAGAAAAAGGAAAAACCGUGGAAAAAUCCAAAUCCAAAUCCAAAGAAGAGGCAAAGACCUCCAUGUCAUCAAAGGUGGAUAAUAAAGCUCAGAGUUCAGAGGUGAAGAGUUCAGGAGGUGCAGCUGUCGGCAAACCUGAGAAGAAAAAAGAUGGAAGCACAAAAGAGCAGCGGAAACCCUCAGAGGAACCUCCACAGGAGAAACCAGAAACAAAGAGCACCAAGAAAAAACUGGAGAAGAAAGACAAGGGCCAAGAGAAGAAAGACGACAGCCGGGAUGAGAAGAGAGCAGCCAGAGAAGACAAACCUGAAAAGUCGGAGAGAUCCUCAAAGUCUUCGGUUUCCUCUCAGAGCCUCGACGCAGAGGAGCCGCCCAAGAAACACUCUCUUCUCCAGGACGCCAGCACAGAUUCUGACCCCGUCACCACCACCGUCACCACCUCGUUCUCUGACGAUACCUGCGAUGCACUGAGUGACAUCACACCUGAGCCACCCGAGGGUGAAACAGAGGCACGGCUCAGCGAGAUACCGGCUGUGCCCGUGGAGGCUGACGCUCUGCUGACUCUGAUGGACGUUUGCACCUCAGCGGGGGCCAGACUCCAACAUGAGAGCGAGCGAGUGGAGGCGACGCCCGAGAUGCAGGACGCUGAUAUGAAGAUGAAAGAAGCAGCUCUGACUCUGCUCUCCAUGGACCCCGACAGCACCGUGUCCUCCACCUUAAUCUGCCAAGACGUGAGAGAAGAACCGGAGAUGAGCCAGGCUGCUCCGCAACCGAUGGAAAUGACCUCGUUUGAAAAGGAAGAGCAGGAGCCUCCGAUCAACGUGCAAACUACUUCUGAGUCCUUGUUUACAGCUCCUGAGCCAUCACCAGUCACACCUCAGCAACAACAAAAGAACGCAGGUACGUGAAACACAAUCGUGGAAAGGCGUGAAAUGUCUUUGUGUCAAUGCAGUGCUCAGCAUAAAUGAGUACACCCCUUCAGAGUUGUCAGAAAACCUUCAGUUUCCUUUCAAAAUCAACAUUUUCUGUCAGAUUAUACAACAAAAUAAUCCCCCAAAUGUAGGCCAUUAAUUGCAAACAAGAUUUUUUUUAAGUUGCAUACAGAAAAGUUUUUGGUUUUUUUUCAAUUUAAAAUCAGGAUGCAAAAGUGAGUACACCCCAAUUGAAGUUCUGGGAGCAAAGCUGAAUUUUAGUUACCAUAUCCCCCUUAUUUUCAUUUUAUGGUAAAUAAAAUGUGAUGUUAAACUCAGCUUUGUCAAAACUUUGGAAAUUGUAGUUUUGCUCAUCUAGAUGUUGAGUAAUACAUUACUUUUAAUAAGGGGGUGUACUGAUUUAUAUGCUGGGCACUGUAGCUGUUUCAGAAUAUUUCCCCAGAUUAACAACUUUCUCAUUCUUAUAGAUUUGUCUGAAACUCCAGAGGAGGAAAUGGAAGUGGGAACGGUUCAAGUCUCUCAGUCUGACAAUCUGCAGGUACAAAACAAAACAUGCUGCAUUUUUAAUUAGUCUCUUUUUUUUGUAACUUAAUUUUUAUUAAAUUUUUAACCACAACAAUACAGUGUAUACAUCUCAAUACAAUACAUUUCUUUUCCUUUUUCCAGCUGUAUGUAUAUUUUUACAAACAUCCAUAGAUAGUGUAGGAUUAAAUCAAAGAGAAUUAUCAUAGUAAUCAUCGCAAAUAAACAAUGUCCACUCCAAAGUACAGAUUUGUAGGCACAAAUUCUAGUCAGAGGCAGGAUGACAGUAUUUUGAUAUGGAUAGAGAGUACUUACACUAUUGACAUUAACUGUCAUUGCAUCAAUAAAGGUACCACAAGUUCCCAUCUUUCAUUAAAAGAUCCUUAGUGAAAAUGUGAUCUGCUCCAUUUGAUAAAUAUCACAUACUUUUUGAAUCCAGUUAUUGUAUGAGGGAGGUUCUGGUUUCAACCAUCUGAUGGUUAUAGACUUAAAGGCUGCCGUCAAUAAUCUGUUUAAGAUGUAUUUUUCUGACCUCCUGUCCAAACCUUCAGGUAUUACUCCCAGUAUUGGGACCUUGAAGUCUUGUGGGAUAUUCAUUGCAAAAACCUUCUUCACGGUGUUGAAAACCUCUGUCCAAAACACAAUCAGCCUUUUGAGAAACAAAAUUUCACUACUUAUUUUUUAAAAACGGUCACAUCUCUGUCUUAACACAGGAGGUUGACACCACCUCAGAUAAGAUCCUGCUGCCAAAUGAGGAGAAGGACAGUUCUGCAGAGAUGACCCCAGCUGGAAUAGAGGGUAAUAUCUCUGUUUACCUGUUUAAGCUCUAGCUUGCAUCAUGUGCUUUGUUUUAUUUCUUCAUAUCUUUAAUAUGGUGUGUUUAGUUGGAUGAGCGAUGUCACUUGAUAAAAUCCCACAGCGCUCAUUUCCUGAACUCUCUGACCGUGUUUUAGCUGCAGAGGCUGUAGUGUCUGGAUCAGAAGAAGUCAGAGGAGUCACAGAGGAGAGCUCAGGGGCCGCUGCUUCUGACUCCACAGAGGAAGCUUCUAGUAAGCAAGGUAAGUGCCUGAAACACGUCUGGUUCAUCUGGUUUUCUUUGCCUGGGUUUUAAUUUCAGCAUCUUGUUGUCACUUCAGAGCGAGCUGAGCCAGGCGUCGCCGACAUGAAAACCAUCCCUGAGGUGAAGAAUCAAACAUGACUAACAGUUUAAAUGGUUUCAAAAUGUUGUUUGGACUCCAGAAUAUUGAAAUGCAUCACUUUUAAACACAGGCACAUGAGAACAAGGCUGAGGUGGAUGUAGAGAACAGUAAGUACUUUCUUUUGUCUAAUUCACGUAUGUACGUGUUUGAAAACACGUCAAUAUGAUCGGGUUGUUUUUUUUUCAGGACCAGGGGAAUCUGAGACAAAGACAGAGGAGGAAACAAAGAAGAGUGACAGUCAAAGUGUAAGUGUUCGACUUCAUUCAUGCUCACAAAACCCAAAUCUAGAGUAAUUUGUCACUAGAAUAUAAAAUAUAAUGAAAAAAAGCACAGGAAGUGACUCUCCCACUGAGCAACAGACAGCUGUUAGAUAUCUAGUUUUUUUAGACCUAAUCUUAACUGUUUAGAUUCUCUAUAUUUUUAGACUGUAGACGUCGCACUUAAAGCCAUUAUUCCAAAACUAUUUAUUUCAAUAAGCAACUGUGAGCUGCAGAACUGAUCUCCAAAUACUUAACCAAAAUAAUUAUGAUAGCCGUCUAUAAACUUUCAUUUUUAGACCUGUGGUAGACUGAUUUUAGACCAGUCGUCUAGGCUACAUUUAGACGUCUAUUAGACCUCUUUUAGACCAAAAAAUGCUCAGUGGGCUUCAAGCCUUUUGUUUUUUUUUUCUUUGCUUGAACACGUCAGCUGAAUCUGAUUUAUAUUUAGUUUCAUGAGGUCUUUUAAUCAGAAAUUUGAUCAGGUUAGAGUUUUGCUGUGUUGAUGAAUGUAUCUUUAUAAUUUACGUUCAGGUGGAAUCAGCCGUCUCGCUGAAGACUGAGGAGGUGACAGAUAUAAGAUCAGAGAAACCUCAAGGUCAAUCCAAGCUCGUCAAACAAAUCAGUGAGUCUAAUUCCAUCUCUGGUCAUUGAGCGCCAUCUGUACCUUUCUGUAAAGUUCAAACUAGAUAUAAAUACAGUCUGGUUACAUUUUCUCUGACCGUCCACUUCACUCGAGUCCCUCUACAGUGCUGAUAUCAGCUGUUUCUAUUUGGUGGCAUUAUUUCAGGUGAUGUCUCCAGCACAGACAGCCAGGAAGACGAGAAGGCGUCUGACCUCUCAGAGAAGGUACCGCCACACUCAUUUUCAAAAUUCAGCUGUUACAUGUGCAUGAAAUGAAGGUUUCAAGACCCUCUGUGGUAACUUGUCGCUUUCCUCUGCAGGAAGAGAAGAUGGAGGGGAGAGGAAGACGCAAACGAAAGAUCUCCAACCAGAUAGUCGCAGCAGUCAAGGAAUCAGGUACCUGAGAUUUCUUUAAAUAUUUAAAAUCUCUAACUUUAUAAUAAAGUUUUCUGAAGCACUGAUUUUUGUACUUUUAUUAACAUAACGUGUUGUUACAUUUUUGAAUGUCUUACCAGGUGAUGAAAAAGACGAUAAGGAAAGUAAGGAGAGGCCAGCUGCAGAGGUCAGUGUCAUAUCUGUUGUUCUGGGUGUUGAAACCUGUUGAAUACAUGACAGCUGCCGUCAAAGAACAGCCGUUUAUUUUGAUCUGAUUGAUUUUGAUUUUCUUUAAUUUCAAGGAAUCUGAUCAGGCGAAGGUUGUGGAAGUCAAAACACCACGCAGAGGCCGAUCAUCCAAAGCUGCAGAGGAGGCAGAGAAAGACCAAACUAAAGAGGCUGAGAAACUGGAGGAGACUCCGAGCCGCGGGAGAAGACGUUCAGGAGCAGCAGUCAGCAAAACUCCGGGUAAGACUUUCCCCUUGGACUGAGAAAACUUUGACACUGUGUGAGUUUUUUGAUGAUGGAUGAAUAUUCAGGUCUUUGUUUAGGUUUCCUAAGGUUUUAAGGAUUCCUUGUUAAGCAUGUGAGCGUACUAUCCUGCUGUAAUUCAAACUCUAGGUCAGCUGAGAUAUUCAAGAUGUCAGGAGGCCUGUCAAAGUGUUUCUUUGACGUCUGCGGUGUUGCUUUUGUUCAUUUUUAUCUCAGAGAAUCAGAAGAAUGAGAAGGAAGAGGAGAGCACGGUCAAAACUUCCACAAAGCUGCCAGAGGAGAUCAGAGAGGUGUGUCGACAAAAGUGUGACAUGCACACAAAUGUGUUUAUUAUUACCACACAGUCCAGAUUACAGAUCUCCUGAGAUUCACAAUAUUUCAGCGCUGAGUGUAAAAUAAUCUUAAUUGUGCAACAUUUUCUCAUCAUUAGAAAACUGAAGAGGAAAGCAGAACAGAGGAAAGCGGACAAACAGGAGGUGAGGUGAAUCUGUCCGAUCCUGUCCUUGAGGAAACUGAAGCUGCAGGAGGCCCGGACUCCAAAGAAACCACAGACACAGGUGUGUUUGAAAUAAAAUCAAGAGUUCUCCUUUAAGAUAUUUGGUUUCCUUUUUCACUAAAUAAUCAAAGUGUUCCUAUGAGCCCAACUUUUUUUUACAAACACACUGUAAGUGACACCAAAUUGGCUAAAUAUCAGCACACAUGACCAGACUGAAGAACAUGUGAAAGUAACCUUGAUAGCUGGAAGUGAAACUCAAGUUUACAUUUUUCUUUCCCCUGUUGAGAAAGCUUUAAAAUUAUUUGGGUGAGUCUUUUGGUUUUCUGGUCGUUUCUUUUGAUCAGAACUAAUAAUCAGAUUCAUUGAUAUUGUGUCCCUCACAGAUGAACCAGAACUAAAGAAGAAGAGGUCAGAGGAGACAGAGAAACCUGCUGAGGUGAAGAUGAAAGCUGAAUCCUCUGAAUCCAGGCCGCUCACUCGUCUGUUGAGAUUUGUACUUGUGUCUGUGUUUGUUUCUUAAUUUGUAAUCAAACGAUCUUUUAGCAGGAAACCUCAGCUGAAGAUGAGGCAAAGAAGGACGACUGUGAACAGGAACAACCUGACAAAGACACUGGUGAGAAAAAACAAAACAAGUUAGUUAAAGUCCCACUCUGAUCUUUUUUUUUUUUAACUACUGAAAUUGUUCUCAGUGGUCUUUAAAUUGUGAUUAUGAAGUUUGUAGCCAAAAUCUUGUUACCUGUGUCAUUUACAAGGACUUUUCUUCUGCAGAGCUCCAGUAGAUCAUUAGUAAUUUGACUUUGAGUCAUGGGCGGAGACAGCGCUGCUCAGGACACUCGUCUCUACACUAGCUUGUAGCCUAAUAUUGCUUGUGCAGCAGAAGUGGCAGGUAGCAUAGGAGCUAUUCAGCUCUCGUACACUACUGUCUUUGAGGACAUGAUGAAAGAUAAUAUCAUAAUUAGCUUUCUUACGAGUAUUGCGAUCUGGUAACGCACACGCUUGUUUCGCGAUCGUCCUCUCUAUUUAUCCAAGUGUGGCUGCAUAGCGGGGGCGGAGCUUGGAUUUGUGACAUGGAAAAUCUCACUGUUUCUGAACCUGCUGUUUGGGUCUGUCAGGUAUUCACAGCGAUUUAAAUGCAGAAAUACUCAGAAGUGCAAGUUCGCACUUAAAUCUCUCAUGGGAUGUCCUGUAGCAUCAGAAAAAUGACAUAUGAACAUGCAGAAAACAAGAAAAACACAAUUUUCUUGGAGUGGGUCUUUAAAUGAUCAUUUAUGUAGCAGACACUCUUAUGCACUUUCUCUUUAAGUUAUGGUCUAAAAAUGUCAGAAAAAAUAAUGUCUAAGAAAAGAGGAAAAUGUUCAUUUUCGCCUCUGAAGUCAAUCUUGUUCUUUGCUCAGGUUCUUCUCUGUCGGUGGAGCAGGCAGAAGAUCAGCAGGAGACCAAAGCGGAGACGCACAGCGAGGAGAAACCAGAUGUGUGUAAAAUGAAACAAAAGUUGUCCUAAAACUCUUCAAACUCGGGAACUUGAAUAUUUUAUGGUCCUCUCUUCAGGUUGAGGAGGAGCAGCAGCCACAAGAGGAUCAAGAGACAACUCCGAAGAGACCCGGCCGGAGAGGGCGGCUGUCGAAGGCUUCGUCAACCUCAGAGGACACAGGUGAGGAACUUUAGAGCCAGAGACAUUUAGUCACAAAUGAGGAAAAAAAAGCUCGAGUAUUUGUCGAUUUUUUUCUUUGUUGAGAGAACCAGCGUUUGUUUUUUCUUCAUGUUUAGCACAUGUAUGUAGGUGGUCUGCUGGUGAAAGAUGAGACUGUUUCCUUUUGUCAGUGUGAUGAUGAGCCUUUAAGUUUGGACAUUACUCUGGCUAAAACUACGAAAUGUUUUUCUUAUUUUUGUUAUUUUAAAAGAGUUGAACUCUUGGCUCUUAUAUGCUGCCAUUUGAAGACGGGAUAUUCGCACCCCUGUCACUCUUCAUCUGUAAUGUGUAACAGAGCAGAGCUGUGUGUAUGUGCAUGUCUGACUUUGAGUAUACGGUAUGUGGAGCCCCGCCGAUGAAUUUUGGAAAUCAAACCUUUAUCCUUGUAGAUAAAAAAGACAAAAAAGCAGAAGACAGCGAGCAGAAUGAUGAGGAAGAGGAGGAGGACGGUGAGAGAGACGAAGAGGGGAAAGGAACAGCCACCAGAGCGACCACACGUGCAGCGUCUCGCCUGGAGGCUGAAAGGUAAUUUCAGAGAUCGGAGUCAGAAAUCACUUUAGUACCAACAAUAGGGGCGUGAAUCACCAGUGGCCCCACUUUACGAUAUUAUCACGAUACUUGGUCCACAAUACGAUAUUAUCAGGAUAUUAUUGCGAUUUUUUAACAUUUUGCAAACCGGUGAGUAUUGGGAUACAAUCUAUUGCGAUUUGUACAAUUUAUUUCAACUCUUGAGCUAAUUUAGCAUUUGUCUUUCCUUUAUGUUUGUCUUAUUUAUGCUGUAUUUUAUUUUAAUGUAUCACAUCUUGCAAACCUUUUAUAUAUAUUUGUUGCACUCAAUUUCUCCUGCUCCACAAUGUCACCUCUGCCAACCUCACUGGACAAACAGUUGAUUUUAUUUUUCCAUUAUCAUAGAUUUGACUUCAUAUUAGCAAUUAAUUUGAAAAAUCAAUAGUAAAUGAGAUGAUAUGAUAUAUCACCAAGCAAAAUAUUGUGUUAUUAAGCUGUAUUGAUUAGUUUCUCCCACCCCUAAACAACAGCAACACUGAAUAAAAGCAGGAAAACUCAAACUUGAAGCCACCGGUUUUGACUUACAGUCAUUUUUUUUUACAUGAAGAGGAUUUACGAUCAAUAAGGCAGACAUGAUAAUCAGAACUAAUUCAUCUUCAGUCAAAGCUGCAGCAGGUGUAUCACCAUCUUCUUUCUUUGUACUGAGUGAACCUCUGAAUGUUGCAGUUCUACACUCCGAAGCAGCAUCAUGGCUGUCACAUCCUAUUAAAUAAAAGCAGGGGAAAUGUAACACCAAAGCAACAAAUGUUGUUUCAUAUUUGUUUGCAUUUCUCCUCAGAAACAAGCCAAGCAAACCGUCCACCCGGGCGAGCCGACAGAACGGUAAAGAGGAGACCGCAGCUGGCACGCGGUGAGUUUGUCUCAUUGAUGCUUCAGCAGAACCGAACGGGCUCAAAGGGGAAUCUGACCAAAAAACCCACUUCUCUGUGAAAGAGAACAUUUUACCAAAAGCCUUCCUGGAAUCUCUAAAUAUUUUUCAGGUAUUAAGUCACAAAAUAAAAACAACAAAUUAUUUUACACGGCUUAAGCUGUUUUCAAGGAAGGGGCAUUAAACAUCUGGGAUUACAGCGCAGGUACAGGAUGAAUAUGAAUUAUGAGUUCUGACAAAUAAGAUGUUUUUCUUUUUAAAUGGGAAACUCUUUAGACUCAUUUUGAGUCGAGUUUCACCUCAAAUCCAGAGAACCAACAUGUUUAAUUAAAGCAGUUAAAGGAAACUUAUUACUACAUUUAAUAAGCUGUGCUCAUUAUCCUCAAGGGGUUUUAUGGAAGCUUCAUCUUGAGCACGUUUCAGUGAGUUUAAUUCAGUACAAAUCAUAGUUACCUCUAACUAAUGUAACCCGUAAACAUAAUGGACUACUUCCAUGGAGUAUUGGGGCCACAUAAAAAAAAAAAAAGUAAGACUUAGAGAUAAAAGUCAUUAAUUUAUGAGAAUUGGGUCAUUACGAACGAGAAUAAAGUUGUAAUAAAAUCAUUGUGAUACUUAUGAUAAUGUGGUGCUGAUUUUCCAAAAGAUAAAGUAUCUCUUUGUUUGAGAAAUCUUUAUUGAAGUACAUUUUCACGAAAUGCUUCAUGGCUCUCAUUUCAACAACUGUCAUCUUAAACAACAAGUUAGAAUAUAAGGACUUUAUUCUCGUAAGUAAUUAAUUUAUUACAACUUUAUUCUCAUAAAUUAAUUUUAAUCUCGAAGUCUUAAUUUUUUUCUUAAUGUUGCCCUCAUACUAUCGUAGACUAGUGUAUCAAAUCUAUGAUGACUUUUUAGGGGACGAUAAGUCUCAAGAUUAAAAAAACAACAUUUUUUUAAGUUCUUCGCAAAAAUAAAACUUCUAUCACACCCCUGUCUUUAGAUAAAAUCAAACAUCAAUUUCAACACUCAACCCCUUUAAGUGUCUUCUUAUCUUCUUUAGACAUAUGUAUUAAAGGAGUAUUUUUUGCCACAACACAAAAUUAUCAUUUUAAUCCUGUCAAAGAGGCAAAAAUAUUCCUUUUUUUGAUGCUAAAACAGCUUAAAUCAGCGUAGACUUUACAGAAGUCCUCAGAGAAGUCUUUAGAAAUCUAUCCCGGGAACAUUUUCCCUCUCAUUCCCGUCCGUGUGCUUGGUUGUUGCGACACUCCUCAUGAAUAACUCGUGAAUCAACAAAGACAAAUUUCUGCAGCGCCUUCACACUCGAGACAAACGGUCUGACACUUGCUCCUUGUUUCCUUCCCGCAGCAGGACGAGAGGCCAGGCAGCAGCGGCGAAGGGGGGCCGCAAAAGGGAGCCCAGCCCCCCUGCUGUGCGAACGCGGGGAGGACAGAAAUCAGAGGAGCCCCCGUCCAAGAGAGCCAAACGCUAA